AUGUCCUCAUUGCAUUGCCUGGACUCGUGGCACAAUGGGUACAUAAUACAGUUUUGUACAGUGCCCGUCUUCGCUCUCUCCAUUUCCCCAACUUCCGAGACGGGUAGAGUGGACGGUGGCCCCGUGGCCUGCCGCCUGGCUGGAAGAGCAGCCCUGCCCGGACUGGGCGGCCCAGCAGCCAGACUCGCCAGACUUAAUCGAGAUGGUGAUGAGCUCGCACUGGGUGGGGAGCUGAGUUGGGUUGAAUGGCAUGGGCCUGGGAGUGAGGAGUUGAUGCUGGAGGGAAGACUGGUUUUGGGGACUGAGUGGGGUGAAAUCUGGGGGAUGACUGUUGUCAAUGUUCGCACUAGAGAAAGGGAGAGACCGAACCGAUGCCACGAAUAUUACAUGCAAUUCAAUAAUAGUUCAAUGCGUCCCAACAAGAUGAGAUGA